AAAAUUCUCUCGCGGGGGAGCAAAAAGGCAAAAAGAAGCAGUAGCACCGCAGCAGCCACAGUCGCAGCGGAAUCAAAAGCAGCGCAGCCGCCGCUAAUUGUCGCGCCGCUGUUGUCGUAGUUGUUGUUGCUGUUCCCAGUGUUCGUGUGCUGCGUCGCAAAAAAAGAAUCAUUUUCCCCCAAAGGAAAAUUCGAAAAGAGAAUCAAAAAGUUACUUUUUUCCACAAGUUUUCACGGUAGAUUCAAUUGCACAAACAAGUGUAAAAGAAAGGAAAGGAGAAGCAGCAGCAGCACAAAGAAGAAGAAAAAAUAAAAACGAGAGGAAAUCAAUAAAAAUAAUAACAAUAAGGCAGUAAAUAACAGAAAAAAGAACAGCAGAAGUGGGAGCCGUAGCGCAGCGGCCGGAUCUGUGCAUGUGUGUGCGUGUUUGCAUGUAGCAUGUAGUAUUGUUGUAACAAACAAAACGAAAGGCGGCCAACAACAACAUACAACAAGAAAACAUAAUGAAAGCAAAUGAGCAAAAUCAAGCAGCAGAAGCAGCAGCAGCCGCGUCCAACGUCGACGACGACGUAGCAGCCGCCGAUGCCGCCGACGCAUGGGAAGCACCGAAAACCGCAUGACAAGGAAAUGGAAAAUUUUGUUGAAAAUUCUUUGGAAGAGCGAACCAAAAACGAGAAUCAAAAAUUAACAAGAAUUCAAAGUAAAUCACAGAAAUAGAGCAACUAAAUAAUAAGCACCAGUCAGGCGCCGCACCAGUAACAACAACAAAGAAUCAGCGAAAGAAACUAAAGAAGAAGCAGAAGAAUACGAAUCGGCAGUGGAGCAGAAGAAAUAAAGCAGUGCAACCAAAGGAGUGAGACUAACAAAGCAGUGCAUGAAUAGGAAUAUAAGAAAAAGUGCAGGUCGAGGUGCAGUGCAAAAAGGAGCGGAGGUAGGAAGAAGAAGCAGGAGAACCGGCAGGUUGCGCCCCCUCCCUCCCUCACCCACACCCACAUCAUCUCACACACACACUCGUAGCACCCAACCAACAGCAGCAGCUCCACCGCCCACUCUUAUAGCAGGAGGACGGGGGGACAAUACCAUGGCAAGCAGUGCAACAAAUGCAUCAAGCAGCAUCCGCACAAGCACAAACAGCAGAACCACUGCUCUGCCAUCACUAUUCUCCUCUGCCUCCGCCGCCGCUGCAGCAGCCACCUCAAAGGACAUGGACGGACUGAUUGCCAUUAAUGAUAGCGCAUUAUCGCAACAAAUCGAAUUUAUACUACAAGAUGCUCCCAUGGAGCAGGAUGAUGACCAUCAACAGCACCACCACCACCACCGGCACCACCAUCACCACCAACACAAUCAACAUCAACACCAUCAGCCGCAGGCGCAGCAGCAGCACCACCAGCCGCAGCAUCAACAACAGCAUCUGCAACCACAUCAUCAGCUGGUAGUAGGAGCUGGAUCUGGAGGUGGAACAGCGUCCAAGCUCGAGAAUAACCACCCACCGACAACAACAACAACUGCAGCAACCGCAACGGCAACCAACAGCGCUUCCGUCUCCACCUACACCACUAGCAGCAGCACCAGCAACAAUAGCAACAACAGCAACAACAAUCACCUGGAGGAGCAUCACCACCUGAUAAUCCAACAGCAGCAGCAGCAGCAUCUGCUAAAUGGCCGGCGCGUUAUCAUCCAGUCUACUGGCAACAGCAGCACGGCCACAGUACUGGACGCCAGCGACAUCAAGGAGGAGGAGCUGGACGAGGAGGAAGAGGAUCCCGAGCUGAACGAUGAGAAUCUGCAGGAUAUCGAGGAGGAGGCCCAGGCGGCCGAAGCCGACGAGGAGCCAGAGACGACAGCACAGCAGCAUCCGCAUCUUCAGACUCGCGUCAAGAUCGAGGUGGAGGACGACGAUAUGCCCGAAGACGAUGACGAUGAAGAGGAGGACGAAGACGAGAACAUGUCGGUGGCCCAUCUCCAGCGGCAGCAACUGGCGCAGGCACAGGCCCAGAUUCAGGCCCAAUUGGAUUAUCAACUGCAAUCGACUCAAGCGGGCGGGGCAGGUGCACAGCAAUUGGUGCAACUGCCCGCCGGCAGUCUAAUGAGCACCUCGAACACCCGCACUAUGACUGCUGUGCCCGUCACCGAGGCGGCACUUGUCCAGCUUCAGCGCCGUCCCGUGUAUAUCAGCAAUGCUGUGGGCGGCCUGUCCGCCGGCGCCACCUACGUACGGAUGCCGGGAUCGGCCGUGAUCAGCCGGAGUCCAAUGACGGUGCUGAAUGUGGUGCAACAGGCGGCGUCACUGCCCGCCACCCAAUUAAUACUGCAGGCCCAGAGCCCAACGCCUCAGCAACAGCAACAACAUCAGCAGCAGCAGCAGCCCCAACCAGAGCACCAGCAGCAGCAGCAGAUGGCCAUGAACCAACAGCAGCAGCAGCCACAGACACAAUCGCAAUCACAGCAGCCGCAACAGCAACAGCAGCAGCUACAGCUAUCAUCCCAUCCCGUGAAACAUCAACAAUCAUCGCCAGCAUCCAGCUCUUCCCCAUGUAGCAGUAGCGGUAGCAGCGGGGCCAGCAGUACGGGGGCCACCGCCAGCUCAUCGAGCAGCUACCAGUGCAUGGAAUGCGUAGAGAAAUUCGAAUCGAAAGAACUGUUUGACAUCCAUCGCAGCGGGCAUGCCAACAACAUGAAGUGCGCAAUCUGCAACAUGGUGCUCAAGUCGCUCAAGAACUAUGAGAAGCAUUGCCUGCGCUGCAAGCCGUACGAAUGCCAAAUCUGCGGUCGGGUGGUGCGCUUCCGGCCCAACUUUAUCAAGCAUAUGCGGGUGCACACGGGCCAGCAGUCGGAGCGGCACAAGUACAAGUGCGAGGUGUGCCACAAGGAGUUCAUGAGCUUCGAGUACUUCAAGGUUCACAAGAAGAUCCACAACGAGAAUGUGAACCUCACCUGCGAGAUCUGUGGCAAGGUGUUCAGUGCCCUGGCCUCGCUACGCGGACACUCGAAACUCCAUUCGGGUGUCAAGCUGCACAAAUGCGAUGUCUGCGGCAAGGGCUUUGGCCAGCGCUACAACCUGAAGAUCCAUGCCCGCACCCACACGGGCGACUUCCCCUUUGAGUGCAAAAUAUGCAAGAAGAAGCUGCACACGCAAUCCUCGCUGCAAACGCACAUGCAGGUCCAUCUCAGGGAUCAGCCGACGGCCGUAGCCACGCAGCAGGCAAAGGCAAGCAGUGCCAGUGCCAACAGCCAGAACGGGGCAAGCACCACCAAUACUAUCAUCAAUACCAAUACCACCACCGCGAGCACCACCCACACCACCACCAGCAUCAGCAGCAACUCGAGCAACAGCAACAGUGCGACAUCCGCCACGGCCACAACGAUUGUCAAAUUGGAGCCGCCAAGCGAUCUGGAUAUGCCCAGCACUAGCACAAGCAAUAGCCAUCAGCUGCAACAGCAGCAGCACCACUCUCACCACCAACAGCAACAACAGCAGCAGCAGCAGCAGCAAAUGGAAUUGGACGACCAUUCUGGCCUCAGUGGGGACGAGGAUGUGAACUCUUCCUCGCAUAUUGUCAACUCAACCACCAAUCGCUUGACCACCGGUGAGGACUCAUCCAAUGAGUCCUCGAAUGCCUCGCUACACAAUCAGCCGCACUCCUCCUCAUCCGCAGCCAGCAUCAGCUCCUCGCAUUCGCCAUCUAUGCUGCAGCAGCAACAGCUGACACCAGCUGCAUCAUCGCAGUAUCUCAUGUCCACGCCUUCACGGACGAUUGUCAUCAAGAACUACAUGCAGCAGCAACAUGCUGCAGCGGGUCAGGGACAGCAACAUCAACAGAACGCAUCCGAUCAGGGUGCGGUACUCCAUACACAGGUCAUCCAGAGCGGUGCAGGCACCAGCAGCAGCAACAGCAGCAGUAGCAGCAGCAAUGGCAGCGGGAACGCCAUCGUUAGCAAUGGUGCACAGCAAUUGAUACGCAAGACGCCCAUCAUUCAUCACUCAACGAGUGCCAGUGGCACGAUCUGCUCUGCUCUGACCAGCGUGGUACAGCAACAACUUAAUACAGCAGUCGGAGUUGGUUCGCCCGCUCAAUCGCCACAGUCAUCAUCGUCAACGUCUUGCUCCUCCACCACUGUGCUGGUAUCAAAGGCCACGGGUGUGCCCCUCUCGAUAGCAUCUUCGGCAGCGGCGGCGGCUGCACUGGCCGGUUCCACCAUCAUACGUAGCACACGCAAUCAUCACCAUAUACAGCAGCAACAGCAGCAGCAUAGCAACAGCCAGAGUCAGCAGCAGCAGCGUGGAUCAGCAGCUGGCACGCAGCAGCGCAGUAACCACCGAAACCACCACCGACGUCGUCAUCUUGCUGACAUGGAUGAUGAUGACGAUGACGAUGAGGACGAGGAUGCAGCCUCAGCAGCCGCUCAAUUGCAGUUGCAGCGCCAUGGCCAACAUACGUCAAUGUCCCCCGUCAGCCCCCAUCACAACCAGCAACAGCAGCAUCAUCAUUCACAUCAUCAACAGCAUCCGCAGCUGCAUCAUCAUCAUCACAAUCAUCAUUUCGAUGAUGAUGAUGAUGAUGAGAAAUCAUCACCGUCCCUGGCCACAGCGGCCAUCAAGGUGGAACCGAAUCUCUACUCCUCCGGCUCCGGCGACAACUCCAACGAUAUGUUCAUCAAAGAGGAGGUGAUGUUCGAGGACUCGGCAGCCCCACACUCACCACAAUCGCCGCCAAGCUCAAAGUUUCGCAUCUCGAACUUUGAUAGCGAUCUGGUCGAUCAUCAUGUCGAUUUGAAUCACUCGCUACCGCCGUAUGGGAACCUCUUUGAGCCGCACUCAAUACCCGAUAGCAUACCCGUGCAACUCUAUCCGGAUGAUGAUGAUGACUUUCGGCUGGACCACAGCUCGCUGGGUGGACUGCAUAAUACAUCGUCAUCGACAACCGAUGGGGACUUUAUCAAAAAGGAAUGGGUCUAUGGCACCGGCACCAGUUCCUAUGCCAUGAAUGGCAAAUUCGAUGAUGACAGCGAUGCCCUAUGCGAUGCCGCUAAUUUCAUAUACAAUUGAGAACGUUGUCUCGAACGUUGUUCGGCUGGCCAGAGAAGGAGCGACAGGAAAGGAAAACGAAAGGAAAGGUACAGGAUAUGGAAAUGCAUACGCACAUUUUGGCAAGACAAUUGCUUGGAUAUAUAUACAUAUAUCUCUCUCUAACCCUGGACACCUUUUAAACGAAAUCAAUCACACACACACAAACGACAUAGGAGAUAUACAUGUAUAGAUAUAUAUAUCUAUAUAUAUAUAUAGUACAUGCCACACACACCUCUAGAUAAUUUGCUAUCUCUGUGUUGCGCUCGUGAUGAUCUUAACGUGAUCUUAAGUCUAAAUAUGUGUAGAGUGUAGAAUUUUUAUAUCUCUCUCUAUUUCUCUCUGUUUUAACUUUAUUUUCGACCGCCCCAACCACCCUCUUUAUUGUGUGUCGCUCUAAUUCUAUGUGUGUCGUAAUUUUUGCAAUAACUCUCUCGCUCUCUCUCUCUUUCUCUCUCUCUCUGUUGUAGUUUUUAUUGUGCAUAUUGACCUCUCACUCUAAAUCGCUCCCGAUAUAUUUUUCCGUCUCUGUCUGUCACUGUCUGUCUCUGCUGUCGCUGUCUCAUUAUCUGAUGUUUUGAGUAUAGAGUACUCUACUCCACCCAGGAAACCCCACAAAUGAAAUAAAUCCACUGCUCUUCUUUCUACAAUGAUGUGUAGUGUAAACGAGACCUGAUCCUUCCCCUUCACCAACUUCCUUCUCCUUCUGACAUCUGCUAAGAACAAAGAUAAAACAAUCAUUUUAAUUAUUUUAAGGUUUCUUUUUUCUUCGUUUUUUGUUUGUUUGAGAAACCUUUAUAUAUUGCCAGCAUUCAGCACUCUGAUAAAAGCAAGAUGGAGUAAUAUGUACUAUAUAUAAUUUUGUAUACGAUUAAAUCCUAAGUUUGAUAAUUUUUUGCAUUUGAUCUCUAACUUCCACUUUAAUUUGGCUACAAUAUUUGCAACCCAAAACGAAAGAAAUGUAGUUCCUGUUUAAUGGCAAAGAAACUUGAGGAAAUCGUAUGGUUAUUAUUAUACAUAUAAAACAUAUUGAUUGUACGUACAUACAUAUGUAUAUAUAAUUGGGUUGUGCUGGCCUGCUCUAUAUGGAAAUAACUCUCAUUCUCUUUGUGUCACUUCGAAAAAGAUUGUUCAGUAUUUUGAUCAAAAAAAAAAAAAAAAACAACAACAAAACAAUCGAAACUGAAAGCAAAAUGAUGUAUAUAGUCGCUAUAUACAUGUACAUAUAUCGAAUGUGCGUGCACUCUGAUAUGCUUUAAUUCAUUUUCGAUUCGAUUUUUGGUUAUUUGACUUACCUAAAGCGCAGUAUUUGUUUGGUCCUUGUAUUAGAGAAUCCAUUAAUAUUUUUUUGUUUUACAACAUAAACGCACACACAUCCUAAUAUAUAACUUUUAGAUUUUAAUGUAAUUAGAUACUCUUUUUUUUGUAUUUUUUUUGUUGUAUAAUUUGUUUAAGAACUCAGUGCUCGAUUUGUGCCGCUGCUUGUAUAACAGCGCCGCUACCUUAAAAACUGUUUUAAUGUGCAAUCUCUCGCUUGCCCCCUCUUACCCGCAAAACCCCCACGCCCCCAUCUGACACGAACCCUUAACUAGUUGCUAAGAUCUUCAGAUUCACACAAAUAAAUAUAUGCAUAAAUUGAUCUAUAAUCUUGCAUGUAUGAUUUGGAUUAUACAUAUGCUUACAGAUAAACUUUAGCUAAGCGCAAGCGUCUGCCCCUGUCCCUCUACCCAUUUGUGUGUAGUCUCAUAAGCUGGAAGAACAUUCUUUUAGCCCUAGCUUUACCUUAACACACGACACUGCUUGUAAAAACUUUUAAACAAAAGAAAACAGACACACAACAGACCACACACUCUACAUAUAAUAUACAUAGAUAGAACUUUAGCGUUAACAAUUUUAAUUUGCAUUUACAUUUAUAUUUUUUUUGUGUACUCUUUUGUAUUCUUCCUCCUUCGUUUGCCGAGAGACAAGCAAUUACAAAUAAUUUAAGCAAAAAUAGAAAGAAGAUCAAACAGGACGCAAAACAUGCAUAUAUUUAAAUAUAUUGAGCAAUGUAAAUGGGAUCGGAUCGGAUCGGAAGAUGAGGAUGCAAUAAGAGAAGUACAUUAAACAUAAACUUCUGUCAAAAGCAUUUAAUGUUAACAAAAAG